UGGACAGUGACUCUUCCUCCGACAAGGAUGAGGGUCAGUGGGAGCGUAAUCUGGCCAGAAGCUGAGAGAAACUGCCUCCCCCGCAGAUCUCCAUCCAGGCCCUGCCACCGCCUCCUCCCCGGAGACAGCCAGGUGUGGCCCAGGAUCCCGAGGAAGAGGGGGAAGGGUGGCGUCUCUCCUCCUAGAGCGCUGGCCCGGCCCAGAGGGGACAGGAAGCCAGGACACCGGGGAUUGUCUCUUGCAAGCACAGCCCAGCCCCAGCUUGGGAGGAAGUUCUGCGGAGCGCUCUCCGCCGGUUGUAUUGUUGAACAGGAAACAGGGCAUCGCCGAAGCAGGGCUGUGGAGCAGGCAGCGCCGGACGCGGACCCCACGCGCGUCUGCCGGGACAAGUGGAAGCUAGGCCAGCGGGCGAAAGUUCUAAGAGUCUCCUGUUUUGUGCGGUUUCUUCAGUCUCAGUCCUUGGAAGUCCCGCCCACAGAUAUGGUAGAGACCUAAUCUGCAGCCCUUCGCCAGCCCCGCCCAUCCAGCCCAUGGGCAGCCUGAGAUCUUCCCAGCUAACGAAAGCGCGGUGGCCGCGAUGGCGGCGGACGUCGAGGGGGACGUGUACGUGCUGGUGGAGCACCCCUUCGAGUACACGGGCAAAGACGGGCGCCGUAUCGCCAUCCAACCCAACGAGCGUUACCGACUGCUGCGCCGCAGCACCGAGCACUGGUGGCACGUGCGGCGGGAGCCCGGGGGUCGCCCCUUCUACCUCCCGGCGCAGUACGUACGCGAGCUGCCCGCGCUCGGCGACCCGGCCCCGGCCCCGCAGCCUUCCGUACCGCAGCAGCGCCCCGCAGUCCCGGAGCCUCUGGCCUACGACUACCGCUUCGUGAGCACCCCGGUGGGCGCCGAUGGGUCCUCUACCGAGCCCCGGGGCCGCGCCAGCUCCCUGUGUGGUCCUGCACGACAGCGUACCGGUGGCCAACGCAACAGCCUGGCUCCGGGAGGGCCCGCCUGCCUGUACGUGCGGCCCGCCGCACCGGUGCGACCGGCGCAGUCCCUGGAUGACUUGGCGCGCGGCGGCACCGCGCCCCCUGCCGGCCUCCUCGGCAGCGCGGGCCACUUCAAGGCCUCCAGCGUGGCGGGCUCCUGGGUUUGCCCGCGGCCCCUGGCUCGUAGCGACUCCGAGAAUGUCUACGAGGCCAUCCCCGACUUGCGAUGCCCUCCGCAGGCGGAGAGCCCAAAGCAGGUAGACGACCCCCCGGAACCAGUGUAUGCCAACGUAGAGAGGCAACCUCGGGCCACAUCGCCACGCUCUGCUGCAGCUCCUCCUCGUCUCAGCCCGGUGUGGGAGACGCACACGGACGCGGGCACUGGGCGCCCCUACUACUACAACCCCGACACGGGCGUGACCACCUGGGAGUCACCCUUUGAAACCCCUGAAGGCGCCACCAGCCCGGCCACCUCCCGGGCCUCUGUGGGCAGCGGGGAGAGCCUGGAGACAGAGUGGGGCCAGUACUGGGAUGAGGAGAGCCGCAGGGUGUUCUUCUACAAUCCCUUGACCGGUGAGACGGCCUGGGAGGACGAGACCGAGGAGCUGGAGGAAGAUACCCAGGAACAACUGGAGAUGCAACCCAGCCUGAGCCCGAGAAGCCCCGGGCAGCAGAGGCCCCCGACUCCUGAAACAGACUACCCCGAAUUACUGGCCAGUUACCCCGAAGAGGACUAUUCUCCUGUGGGCUCCUUCAGUGAUCCUGCCCCCACUUCUCCUUUGGUUGUGCCUCCUGGCUGGUCCUGUCAAAUUACCCCAGAUAAGAAGAUGCUCUACACCAACCAGUUCACUCACGAGCAGUGGAUAAGGUUGGAGGACCAGAAGGGGAACCCAUAUUUCUACAACACAGAGGACUCCUCUGUUCAGUGGGAGCUGCCCCAGGUCCCAAUCCCUGCUCCUCGAAGUGUCCGCAAAUCCAGCCAGGAUAGUGACACUCCAGCCCAGGCUAGCCCUCCAGAGGAGAAGAUUAAGACCCUGGACAAGGCAGGAGUCCUCCAUCGGACCAAGACUGUAGACAAAGGAAAGAGACUUCGGAAGAAACACUGGAGCGCCUCCUGGACAGUGCUGGAGGGCGGGGUCCUGACCUUCUUCAAGGAUUCAAAGACCUCAGCUGCAGGCGGCCUGAGGCAGCCUUCCAAACUCUCCACCCCUGAGUAUACGGUCGAACUGAAGGGGGCCUCUCUCUCUUGGGCCCCCAAAGACAAAUCCAGCAAGAAGAAUGUGCUGGAGCUUCGAAGCCGAGAUGGCUCAGAGUACCUGAUCCAGCAUGACUCAGAAGCCAUCAUCAGCACCUGGCACAAGGCCAUUGCCGAAGGCAUCGAGGAGCUGUCUGCAGACCUGCUCCAAGGGGAGGAAGGUGAGCCCAGGAGUGCUGAUUUCGGGUCCAGUGAGCGCCUCGGAAGCUGGCGGGAGGAGGAUGUGCGACCGAACGCAGUCUCACCCUCGCUCAGCCCCGGAGGCCUGGAAAGCGACUUGAGCAGGGUCCGGCACAAGCUCCGUAAAUUCCUACAGAGACGACCCACUCUGCAGUCUUUGCGGGACAAGGGCUACAUCAAAGACCAGGUGUUUGGAUGCGCGCUGGCUCAACUGUGUGAACGCGAGAGGAGCCCUGUGCCACGCUUCGUGCAGCAAUGCAUCCACACCGUCGAGGCCCGGGGGCUGGACAUUGACGGGCUGUACCGCAUCAGUGGGAACCUGGCCACCAUCCAGAAGCUGCGCUAUAAGGUUGAUCACGAUGAACGCUUGGACCUGGACGAUGGGCGCUGGGAAGACGUCCACGUGAUCACAGGUGCCCUGAAGCUCUUCUUCCGAGAGCUGCCGGAACCCCUGUUUCCCUUCUCGCACUUCCACCAGUUCAUAGCAGCCAUCAAGCUGCAGGACCCAGCCCAGCGCAGCCGCUGUGUGCGUGACCUGGUGCGCACGCUGCCAGCCCCCAACCACGACACGCUCCGACUGCUCAUCCAGCAUCUGUGCCGGGUGAUCGAGCAUGGCGAGCAGAACCGUAUGUCUGUGCAGAAUGUGGCCAUAGUGUUCGGCCCCACGCUGCUGCGGCCUGAGACGGAGGAGGCCAGCAUGCCCAUGACCAUGGUGUUCCAGAACCAGGUGGUGGAGCUCAUCCUACAUCAGUGCGCAGACAUCUUCCCACCUCACUGACUGUGGACCCUGGGUUAGCUGGAGGCCGUGAGGCUGGACCUCCUCUGAGGCUCUCCGCUUCCCACCCCGCUGCACUGUGACUUCAACACCCCUCGAUUCAGAGGGUACGGUGACCCCUGGUGGGCAGUUCAUGAAAUGUGAUUUCUCCCUCUCGCGUCCCCUUUCUUAAGGGCCCUGUCCUCGAUUACAGCGCCACCUAGUGUGUGGAUGUGAGAAUAGGCCUAGGGGCGGGAGGUGUAUGUUUGUUUUCUAGUCCCUCCCACCUCGGCUGGGAGAAGGGAUUUGGUGAGGGCAUUCUGGUUUCCUCAGGCCUGCACCUGGUCAGGCCUUGGUGGAGACCCUGUAGGCCCUGUGCUAUGUAGGAAGUCAUGAAGCAGCUACUGACAUUGUCUCUGCUGCCGGGGGAGGAUUGACCCUGGCCGCCAGCCCUGGCCACUGACUGCUUUCCUCAGCCUUACGCUCCAGUGCCACCCUGAUACAGGCCACCUGAGACCUUUUCCUAUGUUUCCCUCUCUCCCUGGGCCACACCCGUUCUCUAAAGAAGUUCUUCAUACUAACCACAUGCCAACCCUGCACCUGGUCCACGUGGUUCCAGGGAUCUGGGGCUUGCAGAAGUCAAAUUACUUCCGAGGUGCAUAGGUGAUCUGAUUCCCUGCAAAGGCUAUCCCGACAGCAAGCCCAGCUUCUAGAGGAGGAAGUGAUGCCCCAGCCCCACUGGGGCAGUACAGCCUGUAGGUAGACCAGAGUAAAUACACUGGAGCACUUUGUGCAGGUUAGAGGUUGGGAACCUCUGAAGGCAGCAGGGAACCUACUACAACUGUUUGGGGAGGGACAGCAUAAAUAGAAGCCCCCAGCUGCUGUCUGCACCCUGGCUGGAUGCCUACCUGGUACCCACUUGCCAAGCAGAGCUAGGAGAGGCCUGUCUGGGAGGUCACAGCCUUAGGCAAACAGUUGAACCUGUGUGUCAGUUGCCCGCUGCCUCCCUUAUGCACAUACCACCUCAGUUUAUGGAUCUGAGCCCCUAGCUCCACCCACCCUCACUGACUCAACAAACAAUAAUAGCUAAUAUUUAUUGAGCAUUCAUACUACGGCAGCCUUUCCCACGGGUUUCUCCCUUGGUUUCAUGCAGUCUGUAUUUAUUGUGGGUCCUCAUGUGCCAGGCACUGUGCUCUGGGGCAGGAGUUCUACACAUGUGUUCUGGAGCUUGGGGCCCAGUGAGUGUGGCUGAUGGAAGCCCCGCCCUGAUGGUAGCAGGGCGCAGAAGAGAACAAAUAGAGGCCUCUUGCUGUACACCUAUAUAUUUAAAGUCCUAAGGCAAGCUAAUAACUAACUGUUAAAUAAAAUGUUUAUUCUCCUA